UCUGCCUCCGUAAACCCGCCGAGAGACGAGCACUGACGGGGGAGGAAACUGUGAGCACGCUGAGAAAUCUGCUGCAUUCGGGAUUAUCUGGACGCUUUCUGCUGGUUUGGAGUUUUCUGCGGAUUCCCGGUUUUUGUGCGUGCUGCAGAGCGGACCGCGCGGCGCAACUCCAGGCGGCUCUGAAGGAAACCAUAUCUGGUCAAAGUAUUCGUUGCUGUCACCCAGCGGGACUGUCCGGCUAUAAAUAGCGCUGGAGGAGGUCCCUCUCAGGAGCGUGACAGGCACUUGGCUGCCUUUGCUGUUAUUUUACCCCUGAGCCAGGGGUCAUUGAGAUUAUUUUUCUCAAAGUGUACGGUCUUGCAGGCUCCUGAUCUCCUACAUUUGGCCUUUUCCUGUUUGGAGGGGUGAUUGAGGUGUCCAUCAUGUCGGUUAUGAAGAAGGAGAUGGAUAAGUACAGGGACAUAGACGAGGACGAGCUGCUGAAGAAACUGUCAGAGGAAGAGCUGCAGCGAUUAGAGGAUGAAUUAGAGGAGCUGGAUCCUGAUAAUGCGUUGUUGCCUGCUGGGAUGCGGCAAAAGGACCAGACCAAAAAAAAUCCGACUGGGACAUUUCAGAGAGAUAACCUGCUGGCCCAUCUGGAGAAACAGGCCAUAGAGCAUCCUGAGCAAGAAGACCUGGUGCCUUUCACAGGGGAGAAGAGAGGGAAAGCCUUUGUGCCGAAGAAGAUGGUGGACCCCAUCAUGGAGAAUGUGACUCUGGAGCCGGAGCUGGAAGAAGCCCUGGCGAGUGCUUCUGAUGCAGAACUCUGUGAUAUCGCAGCCAUCCUGGGUAUGCACACCCUGAUGAGUAACCAGCAGUACUAUGAAGCCCUGGCCAGCAGCAACAUAGUCAACAAGCAAGGCCUCAACAGUGUGAUCCAGUGCGCCCAGUAUAAAGCAGUCCCAGAUGAAGAGCCCAACUCCACUGACGUAGAAGAGACCCUGUUGAGGAUGAAGAGGAACGACCCCGGCCUGGUGGAGGUGAACCUCAACAACAUCAAGAAUAUCCCCAUCAAGACUCUGAAGGCGUACGCUGAUGCUCUGAUAGAGAACUCUGUGGUGGAGAGGUUUAGUAUUGUGGGAACCAGGAGCAACGACCCUGUAGCAUUUGCCCUGGCAGAGAUGUUGAAGGUGAACACGACGCUGAAGAGCCUGAAUGUGGAGUCUAACUUCAUCACAGGGACCGGCAUAGUGUCCCUCAUAGAAUCACUGCAGAACAACACCACACUACAGGAGCUCAAGAUAGACAACCAGAGCCAGCCGCUAGGCAACAAGGUGGAGAUGGAGAUAGCCCGCAUGCUGGAGAAAAACACCACGCUGUUGAAGUUUGGAUAUCAUUUCACCCAGCAGGGUCCGCGCCUCCGAGGCUCCAACGCCAUGAUGAACAACAACGACCUGGCUCGGGUUGUCAGGUCGGAGGCUGACGGCUCCUUCACCCUCACCUUGUCCGUCCCUGAGCUGGAGAUGGCCUUCGGGAAAAAGUUCAAGUCCAAGACUAAUAAGAAAGAGAAGGAUUGAGGGAGGUCCCAUUUUCCCCAAGUGUCGGACAAAUGUGUAGAAACCAGGGCGCCCAUCAACCCUCCGUUCCCCUUCGACCCGGACCAUCCUCUAAACACCUUCCUGUAACCCUCUCCGGCCUGACACCCUCCGGUGGCAGAAAACAACAACCAUCACGUCACCAUGUUGUCUCUGAACUCUUUUUUCCAGAAAUGUUUUGGUAGAUAUUAAAGGAUAUUAUGGGAUUAAUCAGCAGUGUCACUCAAAGCUUUCAGGGCAUGCAAAAGGUGAAAUUCUGUGCCUAUUUUUGCACUCUGAUGUUUGAUUUUUACUCGUGUUACAGGCGUGGACAUUUGCUGUAGCUGUUUGGAUAAACUCAUGAAUCCUUUAAUAUCUCUUUAAGUGUCUAGAUCCUUAAAAAAGGGGGCUGGAGGCCUGGUUUUGAACAGGGGCACAUUGAAAUUGGACAGGAGACUUUUUUUGAAAUCGCUGUUACCAUUGAUGAGUUGAAUUAAUUUUAAUGAUUAUGCUGUAAAUUAGUUGUGCUGCCAUUACUGUUGUUUCCUAAAGUGUCUGAUGUUGUUUCGAGAUCGACAUACAAGAUAUUUUCUACCAAGUAUUCACAAAAGCCAAUGUCCCAUUUGAAUUUGAUAGACCUUAACAUUGUCUUGGUGACUCAGUGCUCAGAGGCUAUACAGAUCCUUCAGUAAUGGACAGUAGAUUUAUAAAUGGUUACUGUGAGAUUUGUCGCUAUAUAGAGAAUAUAUUUAUUUGUGACGGACCUGGGAAAGAGUCAGAAGCCAUUCAAAUACUUUUUGCUGGAUAGUGUAACGUCUUGUCUAAAAAGGUUUCUGUAAAUGAAACUCUAAUGACACUUUACAUUGUUAAAUUAUCCAGCAAUAUACAAGCAAUAUCUGCAGAGCAUUCCUGCCAGCUGGGAUUAGAAACUGAGUUAUUUACUGACAAUAGAUAUUCUAUGAACCCACUGUAAAAAAACAACAACCUACGAACACUGUGUUGUUUUUAUUGAAUUUACUGUCUACUGUUAAUUAUAUACGAUAGUCUAUAAGAACCCAAACUGAGUAUUUGAUUGGACUUCUGUUACACUUUCUACCAAGUCUGGUUUGUUGAUUGUUUGUGUUUUUAUUUGUAUUUACUGGAGCUAAAUCAUGUGGUUUAUUACAAAAUGGUUGGUAAUGUUGACUUACUGUUGAUUAAAGGUUUCAUAUUAAAGCCUCAAUCCAGGUUUCAAUAACAGACAGUAGACGCCGAUUUAAAAACACAGAAAACCUCUAAUGUCAUCACAGCUGUCAGAUUACCUAAAUCCAUCAAAGUUAUUCAAAACAAAAUACUUUUAGCUGUUUCAAAAUGCUUGUUAUCUUUGUGAUGAGUUAACAACCUAACGUCUGAAAUAUGGUAUAACACUUUGAUACUGGAUGGAUCCUUUAAUGGUUCACAAUGAUGAUUUACGGUUCCAACUCCGACUACACAUCCACAUGCUGGUAAUGAUGAACUCUGCUGUGUAUUUUGCAACACUUUAAACAUAAUGAGAAAAAGGAGGUGUUAGCUGCUAUGUAACCAGGAAUUUGAGCUAAUAUGUUGCUGUCUGAAAAUAAAUUUGCUCCAGUAAAAAUCCUUGGAAAACUGUCUGUUACGUUGUAAUGUCUCAAGGUGAAACAGGUCUGUAUUUUUUGGCUUAAAGAAAAUGGGUCCCCUAUUAUACUAUUUUUCAACAAUAUAAUAUAGGUCUCAGAUAUAUACAAAACAUGUCUGAAGUGUUUGGCUCGAAAUGCCAAACAGAUAAUGCAUUGUAGCAUCCCAUAAUCCCCUCUGUUUCAGCCCUGUUUCAAAAGUGCUGAUUCUGUGUCUGUAGCUUUAAAUGCUAAUGAGCUGCUGCUGGCCACGCCCCUCUGCUAGAUUAUUGGUUCAAAAACACAAUGGAGAUUCAAGUGAUAAGGUGGGCGGGUUUUACCUUGGUUUGUUAGUGGCUAAUGGUUGCACAACCCAACAAAACAUUGUGACAUCACAAAGUGGCCUAAAUCUGAUCAGCUCAUUUGUAGACAGGUUUUUAUAUAAAUUGAUCAGGACAAAAAGUGAGCUAAUCUUUUUUCCUGAAACUUUCAGAAUCUCUUCACACAGAGGGGACACAUGUUUACGUAUAAAAGACACGACAAAGGGGAUUUUGCAUAAUAGGUGACCUUUAAUGUUGCAGAAUCAAGGAAAAGUCUUAGCUGACCGUACCAUCCUUGUUUCCUUGAUGUCAACAACUGUACCUGAUAUUGACAGCCUUUUGAGGGUCAGAUAACCCUUUUAAUGUUAUUUAAUGUCACCGCUUUGUUACUCUUGUCAGUGCUGUGGGUGAUGUUCAACAAAUGGAAGUUAUGGAUGUAAACAUUUGUCAAACAGGUACAACUGAAUGCUAAAGGCAAAAGAGGACGUGGACUUGUGCUACUCUUCAAAAGUCUUUGUGUGUCCAGUUUCUGUCCAGUGUUUUCUGAUAUUUUAGUGCUUGACUCUGUGUUACAUUAGAUAGUUCAUAUUUUUUGGUUGAAUGUUGUUUAAUAAAUAAAUAAAGCUUGAAAAUGUUUCGUUUUCUUGAACUGCCAAAGCAUUUGUGUGGACAUGUGCAGUGCUGUGUUAUUGACAACAGUGAUACUCUGUGGAUAAAUGGAAUAAAUACACCAGGUCAGUUCAGUUGGGCUGCCGUCUCUCCCUAUGCUGCCCUCUUCAGACAAAAAUUAGUGUUACACUUCUGUUAACUGCACAAAGGCAGUGGUCAAAUAUUCUGAAUGUUGAUCCAUUGACAAUAAGUUGUAUCAACAUACACCAAGUUGUUGCUUGGCAGCCAAAAUAAAACUGAAAGAUCUUGUGACUAUUUCAUUGAUAUACUGAAAAAAGAUUUCAUGGUAUUUGUGAUAUUGGGCUAUAUAAAUAAAAUGUGAUUGCUUGAUUGAAUU